UCUCACUUUAAUUUAUUGCACCAGUUCAGUAGUGCAGUUACAAAGAAUAAAUCUUUAAAUUAUAUCGUGUAGAGAUUUUCCUUGAUACCAACAUUAUCCCCUCCACUUUUCGGGAAACUAUCGCCUAACCGAUACAGAGUGUACAGGAAUACUACUUUAGAUGCACUCAAUAUUGUGUAUACAAUUUAAAACAUAAUUUUAAUAUAUUAUAUUUAUAAUUAUCGACAAAUAUGGCAAUGCGUCAGGCUCUCAGAAAAUUAUUGAAAAAUAUUACUCCGGCGAUGUAUUCAUCGAGUUUAUUAUUUGCGCAUUACACUCCAUCUGAAAAACCUAGUGAAAAAGAUAAGUUAAAAUUAGAUCUACCAGACAUAAAGAAAUUGACAUAUGAAUCUAUGAUACAAAGAUCUGCGUUAGAUGCAGCUAAUAGCGCAACACAAGCAUUGACUGUUACCUAUAUGGCAAUAAAAAAUCUGAGUACUGAAUACAGGACUUUACUAAACACACUUAUCUCCCUCUUAAUGGAUACUCUGAAUUGUAAUGUUAGUGAUGCACACUGGGAUCUUAUUGUAGAAAUAAGGACAGAAAUGGAGGAGAAAAAACAGACUCUUAUGAAAUUAACUGGCUAUAUGGAUUAUGUGCACAAAAUGGCAGUGGCUGCUUCAGAGCUUAGUUUUCUAUCUGGGAUGGACAGUCUAUCCAACUCACUUUGUCAAAGGAUAGAUGAUGCAUUAAGUAAUGUGAAAAUAGAAGUUGAGAGCAAUCUUGAGCUGGAACAAGCAUAUCGGCAUAUACAACAGCAGUGUAUUAAAAACACUAAAGAUACAUCUGACAAGUAAAAAUUUAUACUAUUUAUUAAUCUGAAGAAUAAGAAUGAUGCUGCAUUUCAAGCAUCCAGAUGUAUUGAAACAAUAUGUCGACCAGGUACCAUUACCAAACCUAAUACUCUGGCUUCUGUAUGUUCGGUGGACAGAAACUCAGUACUUGAACCAAGAAUAACAUU